AUGUACAAAAUUAUAGCUAAGCUGUUAGCAAACAGAUUGAGAUUGGUGAUUGGUAGUGUGAUUUCUGAAACACAGUCUGCUUUUAUUAAGAAUAGACAGAUUCUUGAUGGUAUUCUUAUAGCCAAUGAGGUGGUGGAUGAAGCUAAAAAGUUUAAGAAAGAUCUUAUGUUGUUUAAGGUGGAUUUUGAAAAAGCGUACGACUCUGUUGAAUGGGAUUAUUUGAACUCGGUUAUGGAGAGAAUGUCGUUUCCUGUCUUAUGGAGAAAAUGGAUUAGAGAAUGUGUGGGUACUGCUACAGCUUCUGUGCUUGUUAAUGGUAGUCCUACUGAUGAAUUUCACCUGUGCAGGGGCUUGCGUCAGGGGGAUCCCUUGUCCCCUUUUUUGUUCCUCAUUGCGGCUGAGGGUCUUCAAACGUUGAUGAAAGUUAUGGUUGACAAUCAGUUGUUUACGGGUUGGGCUAAUGUUCGGGCUCUUCGUGCGACUCUUGCCAUUUUUGAGUUGAUGUCCGGUUUGAAAGUGAAUUUCAAUAAAAGCUUGUUGGUGGGUAUUAAUAUCUCUGAUUCUUGGUUGAGUGAGGCUGCCUCAGUGUUGAGUUGUAAAGUAGGUAAGAUUCCUUUUUUGUAUCUAGGUAUGCCUAUUGGGGGUAAUCCGCGGAGACUUUCGUUUUGGGAUCAUGUCGUGAAUCGUAUUAAAUCUAGAUUGUCGGGGUGGAAUAGCCGGUUUCUCUCGUUUGGUGGUCGCUUGAUCCUCCUGAAAGCCGUUUUGACUUCUCUGCCUGUUUAUGCUCUUUCCUUCUUUAAAGCUCCAACAGAUAGAUGGUUGUGGCUACCUGACCCUGUGGGGGGUUAUACUGUUCGAGGAGCUUAUGUUCUAUUAACAGAGGGUGCUCAUCCUCUUUUGGCCGAAGCAAUGGAGCUAGUAUGGCAUCGUCAGGUCCCCUUAAAGGUCUCGAUUUUUGCUUGGAGACUUCUCCGGGAUCGGUUACCUUCAAAAGCAAAUUUGGCAGCUCGUGGUGUUCUCAGUUCUGAGGCGACUCUUUGUGUUAUGGGUUGUGGUCAUGUUGAAACGGCCGAACAUUUAUUUUUAUUUUGCCCAAAUACUGUUUUGUUGUGGCAGCAGGUGCGCAAUUGGCUAGGUUCUAUGGGGGCGGAUCCGAAUAACCUUCAUGAUCACUUAGUGCAGUUUACUUACUUGACAAGUGUUGGUAAAGCUAAACGUUCUUUUCUGCAGCUAAUUUGGAUUCUGUGUACUUGGAUUGUGUGGAACGAACGUAAUAACCGCUUGUUUGGUAAUGUUGUAACGAACGUCCCAAGGUUAUUGGAUAAGUAUAUUAGUAGUAGACAGAAGAAGAAACUAAGAACGCAUAUUUUCUUCGACGUUUUUCCAUCAAGUCGAAUCAUUGCUUUCUGCAUUGAUCAUACUCCAAAAUUUCUACCUUAUGCCAUCAAAGUUUUCUCCAAUCCCAAUAUCUUCAUUUUCAACGCAUUGAUUCUUUUCAUUAUAAUAUAACAACGCAUUGGUCUUUUACCUUAUAAUAUAACAAACCCUUUUUUGGUUAAAGCUUGUGCUCAACUUGAAAGUUUGAAAAUGGGUAUGCAAGUUCAUGGUCAAGUAGUGAAGUAUGGUUUUGGAAGUGAUUUUCAUGUUCAACGGUCGCUUGUUUGUAUGUAUGGUUGUUUAUGUGAUUUAAUGGCUGCAAAAUGCAUUUUUAAGAUGAUGGGUCGAUUUGAUGUUGCUUCUUGGACUUGUAUGAUUAAGGGUUAUUUUAAAUGUGGUGAUGUUGAUUCUGCACGUAAACUGUUUGAUAGAAUGCCUGUGAAAAAUUUGGUGACUUGGAGUACUAUGAUUAACGGUUAUUUGCGGAAUAAUUGUUUUGAUAAAGCUGUUGAAAUAUUUGAGAUUCUUAUAGAUGAAGGGUUGGUGGCUAAUGAGGUUGGUGCGGUAUCUGCUUGUGCUCAUUUAGGUGCUCUUGCGGCUGGGGAGAAAGCUUAUGAGCAUGCGAUUAGAAUUAAUUUGGAUUUGAAUGUGAUUCUUGGGACGGCGAUCGUUGAUAUGUAUGCAAGAUGUGGGAAUGUUGAGAAAGCUGUCCGGGUUUUCGAGGAAAUGAAAGAGAAGGAUGUAAUUAGUUGGACAAGUUUGAUUUCUGGAGUAGCUAUGCAUGGUUAUGCAGAGGAAGCGCUUGAGUAUUUUUAUGUAAUGGUGAAAAAUGGGAUAGUUCCUAGAGAUAUUACUUUUACAGCGGUUUUGAAAGCUUAUAGUCAUGGAGGGCUGGUAGAAAAGGGUCAAGAAAUAUUUGAAAGCAUGAAAAGGGAUUAUAGGUUAGAGCCGAGAUUGGAACAUUAUGGAUGUAUGGUUGAUCUUCUUGGAAGGGCAGGAAAGUUGGAAGAGGCGGAGAAUUUUAUUCUUGAAAUGCCUAUAAAACCAAAUGCUCCAGUAUGGGGAGGAGCAUUGCUAGGAGCCUGCAGGAUUCACAGAAAUGUUGAAGUUGGAGAAAGGGUUGGAACGAUUUUGAUUGAGAUGAAACCAGAACAUAGUGGUUAUUAUGCGUUGCUGUCGAACAUAUAUGCGCGUACAAACAAGUGGAAAGAUGCUACUGUCAUGAGAAGAUUAAUGAAGGAAAAAGGGGUUAGAAAACAACCUGGAUAUAGUCUCAUUGAGAUAGACGGAAAAACUCAUGAGUUUACAAUUGGAAAUAAAAGACAUCCAGAAAUAGACAAAAUAGAAAGAAUGUGGGAAAAAAUACUGCAAAAAAUAAAGUUAGCAGGGUACAUGGGAAAUACUAGUGAGGCAUUGUUUGACAUAGAUGAGGAGGAAAAAGAAGAUGCACUUCACAGGCAUAGUGAGAAACUGGCCAUUGCCUAUGGAAUUAUGAAGAUUCAAGCUCCUGGGACUAUUCGGAUUGUGAAAAACUUGCGUGUCUGUGAAGAUUGUCACACAGCUACCAAGUUUAUCUCGAAGGUUUUUGAUGUAGAGUUAAUUGUGAGAGAUAGAAACAGAUUUCAUCAUUUUAAAAAGUAUCAUGUUUGCAUUGGUUUCAACAACAUUUUGACUUUUAAAAAGUUAAAUUUAUCACUUUUCACCAUUUUCCAAUACUAUAAUUCUAUUUUUAUCUCCUUAUCCAAUGCCCCAAGGGCAAUGGUUAGCAAUCUCCUUUUAAAAAUGGUGUAUGUUCUUGUAUGGAUUACUGGUAAGAGAGGUAUGCAAUUUCUAAGUUUCAGAGAUGCAUUGCAAAUGGAAGGAAGGAAGAUGUAG